AUGUUGCUACGUAUCGUGAGAGCCGCCGCUCCCGCCGCCGGCAGGCUGGUUGCCUGUCGCGCCGCCGUCGUCUCGAGGCUUCAUCGCUGCGUCACACCAACUCUCUCCCUCUCCCCGCGUGUCCGCCUCUGCCACUCUGCCCCCGCGGAGUCCGCAUCGACUCAGCCCCUGACGAAGGUGCAACCCCGGCUGGCGCUGGCCUUCACAUGUAAGGUGUGCAACACUCGCGUACAGAAGCUGAUCUCGCGGUUAUCGUACGAACGCGGUGUGGUCAUAGUCGAGUGUGACGGCUGCCGCAACCGCCACCUCAUCGCCGACCACCUCGGCUGGUUCAAACACGUCCAGGGCCGGACGGUGGAGGAGAUCCUGGCACAAAAGGGCGAAAAAGUGACGCGUGUGGGGUUCGAACAGGGUGCGUUCGAAGUGGUACCGCCUCAGGAGAGUGAUACGGACGCGACGGUAGUGCCGCCCGCUCCGGCGUCGGAGACUGAGAGGUAG